AUGGAAGACGAUCUAACCGAUGGUGGGGGGGCUUUGGAAAGAAGAAGCAAGCCAUGCAGUACAAUAAUCGCCACGCGCAAAGGCUCCCAUUCUAUCGCGAAACAAGCAGCUGCAGCCAAGUUCAGUCCAUCAUCACCAACUGUCAGAAUUAUUCACGUAGUUCCACCAGAAAUCAUCAAAACCGACCCUUGCAAUUUCCGAGCACUUGUUCAGAAACUCACCGGCAAGCCUAUCGGUCGUAGCCGUUGGACGAGACACAGAGCCACCGGUAAGCAGCAAAUUCCUGCUCGGUCAGAGACAACAGCAGCAGCAGGACGAGAAGUACUUUCUCCUGCUGCACCGGACCUCAAACAGGAUGAACAUGAUUCGUCGACGAAAUCAACAGCGAAUCCGUCCCUCUUCUUCAAUAGUCUAGGCGAUCUAGACAGCAUCUUUGCCGACAUUUCACAGACGGCUUCUUCUGAUCAUACCUCGCAAUCAUCCCCACUUCUUCCGCUGGACACCAACAACCAUCACGCUUUCUAG